AUGGUGUUUGGACAAGUAGUGAUAGGUCCUCCUGGUUCGGGCAAAACCACUUACUGCAAUGGCAUGUCUCAGUUCCUAUCUCUGAUCGGCAGGAAGGUUGCUAUUGUGAAUCUGGAUCCUGCAAACGAUGCAUUACCUUAUGAAUGUGCUGUGAAUAUUGACGAACUGAUUAAGUUAGAAGAUGUUAUGGUGGAUCCUGCUCUUGGUCCUAAUGGAGGUCUUAUGUAUUGUAUGGAAUAUUUGGAGAAAAACAUCGACUGGCUGGAAUCUAAACUAAAGCCUCUUGUAAAGGAUCAUUACAUUCUCUUUGAUUUUCCUGGCCAAGUGGAACUCUUCUUCGUUCAUGACAGUAGCAAGAAGUUUCUCAUGAAGCUGAUAAAAUCGUUAGACCUAAGAUUAACUGUUGUGCAACUAAUUGAUUGCCAUCUAUGUACUAAUCCCGGGAACUAUGUAAGCGCGCUCCUUCUCUCGUUAUCCACAAUGAUUCAUAUGGAACUCCCGCAUGUCAAUGUCUUGUCUAAGAUAGAUUUGAUUGGAAGCUACGGGAAGCUAGAUUUCAAUUUGGAUUUCUAUACCGAUGUUCAAGACUUGUCAUACUUACAGCACCAUCUUAAUCAAGAUCCUCGCUCUGCUAAGUACAGGAAACUAACGAGUGAGCUGUGUAGUGUCAUUGAAGAUUACGGUCUUGUUAAUUUUACAACCUUGGACAUUCAGGAUAAAGAAAGUGUUAAUGAUCUGGUAAAGAUCAUUGACAAGACCAACGGAUACAUAUUUUCCGGCAUUGAUGCAAGUGUGGUUGAGUAUAGCAAGAUUGCAAUUGGUAAAAGAGAUGUUUCUUUAACGAUAGUCUUCACAGUUGCGGCUGUGCAAGAGAAGUACAUGACAGACGAGGAACCGAAGACUCAGUAG